UCCAGCCCUCAAGCAGAACUCCCGAAAACAUACAGCGCAAUAGUUCAACAAAGCACUCAGACCCCAGGAACAGUCUCAGCAGCAAUCGCUAGAGCAGCAACGAGGGACAAACAAAUCCUAUUCGACCCGACCCCAGGCAAAGUAUUAUUCGCACCCGAGAUAACAUCAGCAGAAAUAGCAUCCGAAAUUAAGAAGGCCAUCACAGCAACCGAAACAGAAGACACACCAGACAUCCAGAUCAAAGCCACGACUCGUCUACGCAACGGAGGACUCAUCAUCGAACUAACCACCACGGAGGCAGCAAAAUGGAUCAGAAACCCGGUCAACAGACUCAGAAUUAUCGAUGCCAUUGGUAUACCAGCGACCAUCAAAGAAAGACGCUUCUCAGUUAUAGUACCCUUUCUACCCAUCACCGCCAACCUGGACGAACCAGACUGGCUACGCACAAUCGAAGUGGAAAAUAGUAUGUCAAUGGGCGCAGUAGAGUCCGCAAAUUGGAUUAAACCACGUCAACGACGAGCACCAACGCAGCGUGUAGCCCAUGCCAUCUUUCAUUUUACUGACCCCCAUUCGGCUAAUAACGUCUUAAGAGACGGCAUUUACAUAGGACAGGAGAAACUCCACCCACGUAAAGAUAAAAGGGAGCCAGUUCGCUGCGUACGCUGUCAACUAUGGGGACACAUAGCCAGAGACUGUCAAGCUCCACGGGACACCUGUGGCACCUGC